UUCACCUUUCAACUAUCCUAGGGAUGGCUGAGAAUCAAUAAAAGGUGUAAAACUGGUUCUAUGUCCUCACGACCAGGGUACACUGUUCCUCCGCCCAGGCAUUUUGAAAACAGUGGAUCCCAUUACUACCCACACGGUUACAACCAACCCUCAGCGUCUUCAAGUUCGAGGUACAACAGUGGACCUACGGAACCUGGUAUGCCAAAACUUCUGGCACCCUCGUACUACGACUCAUCACCCGAGAGAUCUUCACGAUCUCCACACUCUAGCUCUGCCCUUGCCAAGAAGAACAAAAAGAAAAAGAAACAAAAGAAGAGCAAAUUGUCAAGAGAAGAUCUUCAAGUUUAUCUGAACGAUGAAGAGUUCGCUGAACAGCAGAGGUCGGUAGAAUGUUCCAAUUUGAAUCCCAUCGCAGAUCUAGACUUAAUAGGAGCAAAAGAGAAGAAAAAGUCGAAGAGAAAGAAACACAAAUCCCACCUUGCUCCAGAACUUCUGCCUUCAAGUACCUCAAUAAGAGAUCAUCUACGAGAGGGGUUUAGUCCUCCAAGGAAGAAACCUAGGGAUUUAUUGAUGGACGAAAGGGAUGCCAGGGGUCACCCGAAGCCGCGAGAGUUAUUGUUGGAUGAAAGGGAUGCUAGAAAUCGUCACAAAGCACGGGAAUUAAUGUUGGAUGAAAGAGAUUCCAGGGGUCACCAAAAACCCCGUGAUUUGAUGAUGGACGAAAGGGAUGCUCAUGCUAGAAGUCAUCAGAAACCUCGAGAUUUGAUGAUGGACGAAAGGGAUGCUAGAAGUCAUCAGAAGCCCCGAGAUUUAUUGAUGGAUGAUAGAGAUGCUAGGAGUCACCAUUCAGACAGCAGAUCACCUUACAUUUCAUCAGCCAACAGAGGGUCCCCAUAUCCACCACGUGACCACUUUCCCCGGGAUAUCAGAGAUCCCUUCCACCGAUCACAAGACGAGCCCAGGCCAAUGCCAGGACGAUCACCAUUCUCUGGGGACGGUCGAGAAGCGUUUCCACCGAGGGAGCCAAGAGAUCACCGGAAAAAGAUAGAUAUACCUUCCGCGUAUGCUGACAGACAGCGGUCUCCAGUACGGGGUCGUAAUCGGUCGGCGAGCAGAUCCCCUAACACUAUGAAACUCAAUCAUAAACGCGAAAAGAUCAGAAAAAAGCUGGCUGCACUAAAUCGGGAGGAAGAAAAGAUAGCGGAGGAAGCACGUAAAAAAGCGGAGACUGCUGCGGAAGAGGAUGCCAAACAGAAAGCGGAAGAAGAAAAGAUGAAGAGAGAUCUUCAAGAGAGAAGAAACAUCGCCAUUGCUGCUGCUGGCUACGAAUGGAAAGAGAAACAGAAACUAGAAAAACAAUCUCACCUCCAAAAAGAAGUUGUCCCCACCAACGGUUCCCUCCACCCCCACAACCCACACAACCACCAUUCAGAGGAUCUACCCGUUCCUCCUCCUCCCGCCAGAAAGGAGGACCCUCCAGCUACUAUUACCCCUAAAAAGGAGGUAAACACUCCAGUGAAGAAGGAGGUCCCUCCGAACAAGAACCAGCCUUCCGCUCUCCCAGAUCUGAUACCUGGGUUCGGGGAUAGGGUUAAAGAGACGGACAGUAGUCCUAACAUUGAUGCCAUUUUGAGGUCGAACAGGGAAAACUCGCCGGAGAACCCUAACUACAAAAUUGAUGAAGACGAGGGAAUAAAACAGUUCAAAAUCCUUGAUAAAAUUGGUGAAGGUACUUACGGCCAGGUUUACAAAGCCCGACACAAUAGCAGCGGCGACAUCGUAGCUCUAAAGAAAGUAAGAUGUGACACCGGUAAAGAGGACAGCAAGAACAAAGAAGGGUUCCCCAUCACAGCUGUUCGGGAGAUAAAGAUCUUGAAGCAGCUUCAGCACAAGAAUAUCAUUAGUUUAAAAGCCAUUGUUACAGAUCGGUUGUCAGCCGAUGACUACCGGCGGUCUGACGCGUCCAUUUAUUUAGUUUUCGAAUAUAUGGACCAUGAUUUAAUGGGUUUGAUUGAAUCAGAUCUUGUUAAGUUUGGACCACGCGAGAUAAAACUCUGUAUGCGGCAACUGUUUGAGGGUCUCGCGUAUUGUCACUCUAAAAACUUUCUUCACCGCGACAUCAAGUGUGCCAACGUGCUACUAAACAAUAAAGGAGAAGUAAAACUAGCUGAUCUAGGAUUAGCACGGUACUGGAGAAAGGAUGAUCCCCACAGACUCUACACAAACAAGGUUAUUACACGUUGGUAUAGGCCCCCAGAGUUGUUACUGGGUGAAGAACAUUACGGGCCCGCGGUUGAUAUCUGGUCAAGUGGGUGUAUUUUAGGGGAAAUGUUUACAAAGCGACCGCUGUUUAGAGCGCGCAGUGAACAGGAUCAACUAGAGGUCAUCUGUAGGAUUUGUGGAAGCCCCAAUCCUGACAACUGGCCCAACGUUGUGAACUUGAGUUUGUACAGCUCUCUUAUUGAGUAUAAUAAGAAAAAAUACCCACGAAUUGUGAGGAAAGAAUUUUGUUAUUUCCCCGAGCAUGCAUUGGAUUUAGUCGACAAAACCUUGACUAUGGAUCCAGAUCAGAGGCUUACAGCUGAAGAAUGCUUGAAACACAAAUUUUUGUCAGAUGUUGAUUUAUCAAAGGAGCCCCCGAUGCAACUACCAUCGCAAGACUGCCAUGAAAUGUGGUGUAAGAUGCAUAAACGCAAGGAGAAAAAUCGGAAGCAACAAGAACUGGGUUCGAGAUUAUCACAAAACCAAGUUCCACCACCCGGUAAAGCGGUACCAUGAGAUCAGCUUAUGAGUUAAUUAUGUAAUUGUAUAAUUAAUUAAAUAAUUACGCAACGAGGGGUCUAUGAUAUAAUGAUAUUUUCUAAUGUGUUGUCAGAUGUUUUUGUACAGAAAUAAUGUAAGUGAUGCGAGACCGCCGAAGAAAUAGAACCAGACUGCAGAGCGAGACCUAAACGAGAAAGAAAAAAGACUUGGUAAAGUUGUGCUUCCUGGAUUUUCCUCAGAUUGUCGUGCUGAAAUGGGCCACCGCGAAGUCUUCUGUGAUAGAUAAUAGUUGUUUGAUGAUAUAUAUGAUAGUAAUCUAAGUUAUUUAUUUUUCAAUUUUAUAGAUUUUAGAAUUCGAAAUCGGGGUAUUAGGUUUUGAUGGUAUGCCCUAUGGAUAAACCACUGUCAGAAAUUCCCUCCUUGAUCGGCGCAAUUGUUGUUUAACCAAAAUAAGAUUUGUGAUCUUAAAACAUUUUUACCCUGCGCAUCAAGCUAAUUGACGAGUUUUCUGUGAAUUUUAUUCAAAAGGCGAUCUAUAUAUACGAUAUAAUAUAUAAGUAAUAGUUUUUAAUUGUUGAUUUUAUGAAAACCUUCAAACAUUUGAUAGAUAAA